AUGAAUUCACAAAAUUUGCCUUCUUUACUGACUGCACCAAACAAAACAUUGGCAGGUCCACCACCAACAUCCAGAAGGCCUUCAAAUAACAACACACCGUCCAUUGGACCCAAUAAGCCUAGUAAUAUGACUUCGCCUUUACCUCGUUCACCUUCAUUGGAACUCUCUGAUUCUUUCUCGGUCCUGUCAUCUAUCUCGCCUAUUGCAACUGCAACGACUCCAGCUGCAUCUGCUAUAACACCCAAGUUUGGUAUCAGUUCACAUCAUAAUACUAAAUCUCCCACGGAGCAGCAUGGCCCUUUCUUUUCAGUCUCUCAACUCACUGCAAUAAAGCCUAUUUGCUCACAUUUGACAAUAGAAGAUUGGUCGUUUCUGGCAUUAGAGAAAUACCCAGCAACUCACAACUCACAAGAUGCCUAUGACUUGGAGAUAAGCACAUUGGGCUUGUCCAUUGAACUUGCUGCAAAUAAUACAAGAACACGUAACUUUAAUAAGCUUCUUACCCAUCUCCUCGGUCUAUUGCAGCAUUUGCAGACCAACACAUUAGACACAAUUCCUAUAGAAACUUACAAUGCAUUAUUCUUGGUGCGAGUAUUUACAAAGCAAUUCAACGGAAAUCUGACGAAUAACGAGAUUAUGGAGCAAUUUGAGGAUGAUCCUAAUAUGUCAAAAGCAGAACAGUUGAUUGAACAUCUAUUAUACAUUUUGAUUAAUAUGGAUCCAAGCAUGAAUUACUCGACCUACGAAUUUUACACUGAAGUGCUCAAUACAGUCCUCGUUUUAUGCUCAACCCAACUCCAGCAAAACAAACUAUCUCAAGACAACAGCUAUUUUCUAGGGAUUCUCAUGUCAAAGUUUGAAAACCGAGCUGAAACUGUAGUCGCUAGAUUGCUAGAAAAUCUGAUCGAGCAAAAGACGCCGCCUCCUCAGUCUUCUAGCGUCAUGUAUACAGCUUACAACUACUUUUUCUCGGGAAGAUCCAACGCCAACUCGGAUGCAGAUACAAUGCCUGUAGCAGAUCGAAGUCUAUUGCUGCUGCUUUUGCUAGGCAUGCAAUCCGGCUUUGAAAAAAGGAAUGCAGCAUGGAAUAAAUCGUAUCGAUUCGCUAUUGCCAAUUUGAGCGAUCAUCAUGUCAUUUCAAGCGACAUUGAUGGAUGUGAUCGCAAAAUGCACUUGAUUUCAUUCAAGGGCUUGUUUGAGAUAUUCAGUACAUCCAUUCAAGUGGAGGAAAGAAUGUUGUUGUUUUAUUUGAUACUGGUGGAGAAUGAAGCAUUUCGAGUGUAUGUUUUAUCCAGAACAGACCAAGAAACAAUUUAUCUACCAAUAUUGAAAUUGAUAUAUGAAUCCAUGGAAGGAAAGACCAAUUUCUCUCAAAUCUAUAUUUUGAUGGUGAUCCUGCUAAUUCUUAGUCAAGACGAUGUGAAUAAUGAAGCCAUACAGAAGAUUAUUGUGCACAACACCACUUGGUUUACAGAGAGACCUUUGUUGAAGUCAGUGUCCUUGGGUGGUCUGAUGACAUUGGUGCUAAUACGUACUCUGCAAUUGAAUCUGUCUCACCAAAGAGAUGUAUAUCUGCACACGAAUUGUCUAGCUAUUUUGUCAAAUAUGUCCAACACAAUGUCUGACAUGCAUGCAUACGUAGCUCAGAGGAUCAUUAGUUUAUUUGAAGUGUUAGCAAGACGUUACACUAAACUGGCCGAAAAGCAAUCUCUGGAUGUAACAGUAUACGAAGACUUGCUUGUACUUUUGCUAGAAAUCAUCAAUUCAACGCUGACACAUCGUCUAAAGCACAACUCGCAGCUAGUGUAUGCUCUAUUGCAAAAGCGAGAGAUCUUCUCUCCAUUUCGAAAACAUCCUCGACUAUCUGACCUUGUACAAAACCUAGAGCAAGUCAUUGUUCAUUUCAAUACGCGUGUUUCCGAAGCCAAUUUGAAAGCACCAUCUUCCAAUGAAGUCCUGAAGCUGAUUGAGCAAGCUUCUCGUACAUGGUCUAAUCAAAAACUCACACUACUACCUCAUCUCAAGUUUCAGUACAAGGAGGAGCAAGAUUCGUUCGAAUUCUUUAUACCCUAUAUUUGGGCUUUGGUCCAAAGAAAAUCAUUCAUUUACUGGAGUGAGGAAAAGAGCCACGUACUUGAUAAUUAUCGUUUAAUGAAUGAGGAAAUUGAGCAAUAA